AUGAGCGAGCUCCAGAAAUCCUUUGCCAAAUCCAAAUUGGCCAGAUUCUCCCCAGAGGCACCUAUGACAAAUUCAAUUGGCAUGCUUAAUGAAAAACGAGAUGAUGAUAGCUCUUCGACAUCUUCAUUAUCCUCCACAGGCACACUGGUUCCGUCACCGACGAGACAUCUAUUCGCCCGAACAAGAAAUCCGUUGGUCUACCUUUUCAACUUUGAACAAUCUACUCAAUCACUGGCAUGGACGGACUUCUUUGAUCAGGAGCUAUUCUUACCUCAGGAAUUGGGAAAUCUUCAUAUCAUCCAUCAUGUUUACCUGACUCCGCCAACUCACUCAGGCCCACUUUUCGUGAUGCAUCACGGCGCAGGCUCCUCUGGCCUUUCAUUCGCAACGUGCGCGGAGGAGAUCCGGAAAAUCCUUCCGAAGGCCGGUGUCUUAUCUGUUGAUGCGAGGAGGCACGGCCGCACAAUGAUGACAUCAAAUUCUGCGGACCUUCUCGAUGAAACUCCUUCUGUCUCGGCAGCUGCGCUAGCUGACGCUGAUGGUCAGACUCAAUUGGAUUUGAGGCUUGAAACCUUAAGUAAAGACCUUGUCCAUGUGAUUCGCAAGACCCAAGAGCGUAUGAAGUGGGAAAUAUUACCUGAUAUUGUCCUUGUGGGUCACAGCCUGGGUGGUGCGGUCAUCACUGAUGUCGCCAAGAAUGGCAAACUGGGCCCCAAAGUCUUGGCCUAUGCGGUCUUGGAUGUUGUUGAGGGGUCUGCGAUGGAUGCGCUCCAAAGCAUGGAAAAAUACCUUUUAACACGGCCAACCCGGUUUCCCUCAUUAGAAUCAGGAAUUGAAUGGCACACCCGGUCCCGGACGAUUCGAAACACAACUUCCGCGCGGGCUUCGGUCCCUUCAUUGAUAUACGAAGAAGCUCAACCUGCUGAUCCGUCCCGGCCUUGGGUCUGGCGCACCAGCCUAUCCGCAACCAAACCUUUCUGGGAGAAUUGGUUUGUUGGUCUGAGCAAGAAGUUCCUCGAGGCGAGGGGAGGAAAGCUCCUACUCCUGGCAGGGACAGAUAGACUGGACAAAGAACUCAUGAUCGGCCAGAUGCAAGGAAAAUAUCAACUUCAAGUCUUCCCUGAAGCCGGCCACUUUGUGCAAGAGGAUCAACCGACCAAGACAGCACAGGUAUUAGUAGACUUCUAUAAACGCAAUGAUCGCAGUGCCUUGGUACUGCCCCCAAAGGUAGCAGAUAUGCAAGCCGCUGCUGCAAUGAAAAAGGGAGUUGGUGCUUCUACUGGUGGGCACUUUGAAUAG